UAUAUGAGAACAAGUGAUUGAUUAAAGUGAACAAGCAUACAGCAAUAUAUAGAAAGUAGAAAACAAGCAGUUGUAGAAUACACCACACCCAGUAUUGUCGCGCCCUGUGAAUCAGCCUUUCAUCAUAAAGCCCACCACCACAUCGCUUCGUCGUCAUUCACGUUGAAGCCUCUCAGCUGAGAUACUCCCUCCUACCCGCAUCGUCUCUCCUAUUCCCCACUUACCCGCGCUCCGCGCCUUCCUCCCUUCCUCGGCCCCAUCCACCCGCAUCGCGUCGACCGCCUCCUGCCGCGCCGCUACUCCUCUCUAUCGCCUCCCGCGUGUCCGUCCUACCAUCUCGGCGGCGUCUCCCCUGCUGUGACGCGUCCCCCUAUGGCGAUGGUGGGAGCACCCAAGGCGGUGGACGGUGCGGCCAACAGCUCGGAGGUGCAGCAGCUGGCGCAGUUUGCAGUGGACCAACACAACAAGAAGCAGAACAGCGACCUGAAGCUGGUGUCGGUGCAGUCCGCGAGCCAGCAGGUGGUGGCGGGCACGAUGCACCGCAUCAAACUCACCGCGCAGCUGCCAGGCGCCACCCCGCCCGUGAUUGCUCUGUAUGAGGCUGCCAUCUGGGAGAAGCCCUGGGAGGGCUUUAAGGAGCUGCAGUCCUUUGACAAGAUCGACAGCGCUUGAGGCGGGGAGCUCGUAGAGGCAGCACCAGCAGUGUGUGUCGGAAUCAGGGCCUCCGAUAUCAGGAUGUUUUAUCCUGAAUUCCUGAUUUCAGGAUGCCUGUUAGGUGCCAAACUUGAAAAAUCCGUUUAGUGUAAAAUUUCACCCUGUGAAUUCAGUUAUGAAUCAUAGUGUAACCUGUCGUGGCACUGGGAUAGCCUUGAACCUCUUCUCUCUAUAGGAAGGGUACUAGAGAGGCUUUCCUUCUAUGGCACGUGUGCAUGUGUGUGAGAGAGGUAGUGGGCAUGUGUCUCUGCCCCCCCUGUCAAAUGUAACUUAGGUU